GACGUAACAGCCAAUGGCGGCCGGCAGCGUUCAUACAAACUGACAGCCGCCAUGUUGUGUUUUGAGCAGGAGGAUAAUCCGGAAGCUGAACCUGGAUGUUUGCGGCGGCUCCAUAACACGCAGCGAACGAACCGCAGCUCGAAGUCAUGAGCCGCCCGUCCUCAGCCGGAGGAGGGCUCGGAGCCGGGAAAGCGGGGGGAGGUAAACACGGAAGCUCUGGAGGGGCGCCCGCCGCGGCGGCUGCUACCGCUGCCGAGAACUCUGUCGCCGGGUCGGGGUCUGUCGCUCCAUCCACCGCCGUCGCCGUGACGCUGUCCUCGGCCGGUCUGCCCGGGCAGCCACCGGAGCUGACGGCGCUGUUCGAGUGUCCGGUCUGCUUCGAUUACGUCCUGCCGCCCAUACUGCAGUGCCAGUCGGGUCACCUGGUCUGUAACCAGUGCCGCCAGAAGCUGAGCUGCUGCCCCACCUGUCGAGGCCCGCUGUCCCCCAGCAUCCGUAACCUGGCCAUGGAGAAAGUGGCGUCCACUCUGCCGUUCCCCUGCAAGUACUCGGCGGCCGGCUGCCUGCUGUCCCUUCACCACAGUGAGAAACCCGAUCACGAGGAGGUGUGUGAGUUCAGGCCGUACACCUGCCCUUGUCCUGGUGCCACCUGUAAAUGGCACGGUUCACUGGAGGCGGUGAUGCCGCACCUGAUGCACGCACACAAGUCCAUCACCACCCUGCAGGGGGAGGACAUCGUCUUCCUGGCGACCGACAUCAACCUGCCCGGAGCCGUGGACUGGGUGAUGAUGCAGUCGUGCUUCAGCCACCACUUCAUGCUGGUGCUGGAGAAGCAGGAGAAGUACGAGGGCCACCAGCAGUUCUUCGCCGUGGUGCUCCUCAUCGGCACUCGGAAACAGGCCGAGAACUUCGCCUACCGUCUGGAGCUCAACGGCAACCGCCGCCGCCUCACCUGGGAGGCCACGCCCCGCUCCAUCCACGACGGCGUGGCGGCCGCCAUUGUCAACAGCGACUGUCUGGUGUUCGACACGUCUAUCGCUCACCUGUUCGCCGACAACGGCAACCUGGGGAUCAACGUCACCAUCUCCAUGUGCUGAGGCUGAGUGACAUCACCAGGGGGCGGAGCCUGGAGUCCAGGCCGGGCCGGGUCAGAACCCAAUGGAAGCUAGGUCGGGCACAGAGACCUCUGAGCUCCGGGGUCUGUGUCAGAACCCCGGUCUGUGGUUCUGGACUCCAGUCUGGUUCAGACUCUGGCUCAGGUCAAAUCUCCACCCUCAGGUUACCGUGGUUACCAGUGUAGCAGAUGAACCAGACCCUGGUUAGGGUCCAGUGAGACCUGACCUGGGGCGUGGACUUUCCUGGGACGAAGGUCAAUGAGGAAGGGGCUGUCGUUUGGUUGAUUAGACAGCAGGGGGCGACUCGUGGCGAGAGAGAGGUUCAUUCACAAACCGCUACAGCCUUAACCUCCCUGACCUCUGACCUCACGCUGCUUUCAAGGCACCACAGAGGUUUUUAGAACUUCACAGGAACCACACUGUCUUAAAGUGACACCAGGAACCAGUUAGUACCAGGUGCCAGGACGUACCAGUACCGACAUGUUUCCACCACAUGAACUGAAACCAGGGACGCCCUCUGGUGGAGACAGCCUUUAACACAUCAGGUUAUAAAACCUCCCACAGCGGGAGACCCCUCUGACCUCUGACCCUUCACACCUGACCUCAGUGUAAGUGGACGACUGGUUCGUACACACACACACAAUGUUCCCUUUAAGUCGUUCUGUCAAAGGUGCGUGGACCGUUGAAGUUGUACUUCCUGUUUCCUGUUCUAACGAUGACCUCUGACCCACAGGUUGGUUUGUUUUGGUGCUUUAAAUAAAAUGGACCUGUUGGACGUGAACAGCCAUCAAGGUGUCAUUUAAACCCCGUCACUCAGAGCCAAUCAGAAUGGAGGUUCUUUUUUGCUCAAACAAAGCAUUUACAGAUAGUUGAAGCCCCCCGUGUGGUGCUGCAGGGUACUGCACCGCCAGGGGAAACCAUGGGUACAGGCAGUGUCAGUAUGAUAUUUUGUCCAGUAAGAUUCUGUCAGUCCAUCAUUGAUGAUGUCAUUGACUGAUGAUACUCUGGCGCCCCCUGAAGGAGGAAGACUGAAAAAGAAAAUCACACAUCUUGUUUUUCAUUAAUACGUUUAUUAACAAGUAAAAAAAACAA